AUCAGCGAGUGCGGAGGUGCAGUAGAGAUUUUCGCGGCCUUUGGGUUGUUAUAAGCCCACUAGCUACAUAGAUAGCAGCCUUCACGGAAACAUAGAAAAAAAGUACAGAGUAAGAUAUCGUGCAACAGCCAAGGUUUGACGAAAACAAAAAUUCUAGCAGGAAUCGCUGGCCGUUUAAAGGGUUUGCUUGAGUAAAAUAAAUCCUGCCAGUGUUAUACAACGAGCUAAUUGGCUAAGUUAGCUACCAGAAAUGGUGUGUAGGGGACGGAUAAUGGGAACAUUUUGGGGUGCAGAGAUGAUCUAUUUUUCGGGGAGUGUCAGAACCCUGAACAAAUGGCUGGAUUUUUAGAUGGACCUCUCCAUUUGGAUUAAGCUGGUAGGAGCUCCAAGGGAAGGAUCAUAAAGGGUUGCACCCACUAAGUUAUUUCACAAAAUGGCCUUCUCAAACUACAGCAGCUUAAACCGAGCACAGCUGACCUUUGAAUACCUGCACACUAACUCGACAACCCAUGAGUUCCUAUUUGGAGCCCUGGCUGAACUUGUGGACAAUGCAAGGGAUGCCAAUGCAACGAGAAUUGACAUCUAUACGGAGAAGAGACCAGAGCUCCGAGGUGGUUACAUGUUGUGUUUCCUUGACGAUGGGACUGGAAUGGAUCCCAAUGAAGCAACCCAUGUAAUCCAGUUUGGGAAAUCUAGCAAGAGGUCCCCUGAGUCAACGCACAUUGGGCAGUAUGGCAAUGGGCUGAAAUCGGGAUCCAUGCGGAUAGGGAAGGAUUUCAUUCUUUUUACCAAGAAGGAAAACAUGUUGACCUGCCUGUUUCUGUCUCGGACGUUUCACGAGGAGGAAGGUUUAGACGAAGUUAUUGUGCCACUUCCUACCUGGGACAACCAAAACAAGCAACCAGUCACUCAAGACCCAGAGAAGUUUGCCAUCGAGACAGAGCUGAUCUACAAAUACUCGCCCUUCAAAACAGAAGCUCAGCUCAUGGAGCAGUUCCAGAAGAUUGAAGGGCAGAGUGGGACUCUGGUCAUCAUCUAUAAUCUGAAGUUGAUGGACACUACAGCACCAGAGCUGGAUGUGGAGACUGACCACAAGGACAUCCUGAUGGCUGGGACACCCCCAGAGGGAGUGAAACCGGAGCGCAGAUCAUUCCGGGCCUAUGCUGCUGUCCUUUACAUUGAUCCCAGGAUGAGGAUCUUCAUCCAGGGUCACAAAGUACGCACCAAGAGACUCUCCUGCUGUCUUUACAAGCCAAGGGUCUACAAGUAUACUUCCACACGUUUCAAAACCCGGGCCGAGCAGGAAGUGAAGAGGGCAGACCACCUUGCCAAAAUAGCUGAGGAGAAGGCGAGAGAGGCAGAGAGCAAAAGUUUAGCCUUGGAGAUGAAGCUGGGAGGUGACCUUUCGAGAGAGGCACGGGCCAUGCUCCGGAAAGCUCAGGAGUCGGCCAUGAUGCUGCGUCGAGAGGCAGACAUGAAGAAGAAGAUCCACGAGACCAAACAGAGAGCCCUGAAGGAGCCCAAGGAGCUGAGCUUCAUAUUUGGGGUGAACAUCGAUCAGCGGGAGCUGGAUGGCAUGUUUGUGUACAACUGCAGCCGACUCAUCAAGAUGUAUGAGAAAGUAGGCCCCCAGCUGGAGGGAGGCAUGGCUUGUGGGGGUGUGGUCGGGGUUGUGGACGUGCCUUACCUGGUCCUGGAGCCUACACACAACAAGCAGGACUUUGCAGAUGCCAAAGAGUACCGUCACCUUCUGAAGGCCAUGGGCGAACAUUUGGCACAGUACUGGAAAGAUGUGUCCAUUGCCCAGAAGGGGAUUGUCAAGUUUUGGGAUGAGUUUGGUUAUUUGUCAGCCAACUGGAACCAGCCUCCUUCCAAUGAACUGCGUUAUAAGAGGCGCCGAGCCAUGGAGAUACCUGUCACCAUCCAGUGUGACAAGUGCCUGAAGUGGCGCACUCUCCCUUUCCAAUUGGAUGCCGUGGACAAGAGGUACCCUGACAGCUGGGUCUGUCUCAUGAACCCCGACAGUACACAGGACAGAUGUGAUGCUCCUGAGCAGAAGCAGAAUCUGCCCGUGGGCGUCCUGCGCAAAGAUAUCAAGUCCUCAGAGGAUAAAGAGAAGGAGCUGUCGGAGAAGAUCAGGCAACAGCAGGAGAAACUGGAGGCCCUGCAGGCUACCCGAGCAUCAGAAAGGACAAUGCGACCCCGCUCCCCACCGCUUCCGGCCAUGAUCAAGAAUGCGCCAAAUCGCCCACCCCUCUCCAAACCCCCACCUUUGAGCAGGAAACCUAGCACCCCAACACGGACAGCCAAACUCCCCGCCACCCCUCCCCAACCCCCACCUGUUCAAAGGGAGGAUCCACCUGUCAGAGGAAGAGCCUUGACUGUCAGCAAGCCUCAGCCAGCUCCCCUCAAAGUGGCUCCAAGCGUGAGAACCCCAGCAGCCAGAUCUCCUGCCCACGCCCCCAGCAGAGGAGCAGCUAGCCGUAGCCCACGGAGCUCAGCAAAGCAGACCCCUUCAACAAGCAGCCAACGCAAGAGGGUUCCUGAAAAGGAAAGUAGUGAAGAAGAGGAGGAUGAGGAGGAAGAGGAGGAGGAGGAUGAAGAGGAGGAGGAGGAAAGUGAAGAGGAGGGAGAAGAAGAUGAGCCACAGCCCAAGAAAUCCAAAAUGGCAUCAAUGGCAGAGGAACGGGGCAAGGCUGCUGUGAAGAAGCUACCUGCAAAGCAAGGGAGAGUGACAGAGAAUGUUCCAGACCCACACCGCAGAACCCUCCCUUCCCCUGUCAGCAGCAAGGAGAAAAAGGAGAUGGUGCAGCAGAGCUCUGGGAUAAAGGCACUGGUGGCUGCAAAUGCGCCCCAGUCAACCAAGGCAGCGCUGAGUGCAUCUGCACCCAGCUGGUCUGCUGCCCCACAGCUCAGCAAACAGGCAGUGCUGAAGAUCACAGAUGGCAAAGGAGAGGAGGAUGCAGGGAAGUACCUGAAGGAUGCCCAGAAAGACAAAGGGCUGCUGGUGGAGGUGAAGGUGAACAAGGAGUGGUUCACUGGCCGGGUGGCAGCUGUCGAGGCCAGUAAGCAGAGCGUUCGCUGGAAGGUUAAAUUUGACUAUGUUCCCACCACAACCACACCUCGUGACAGAUGGGUGUUUAAGGGCAGCGAUGAAGUGCGGUUGAUGCGCCCCCCAUCUCCCGUGUCCCAGAGCCCCGACACCCAGGAGGAGGCAGAGGCGGAAAGAGCACCAGCCCGCAUGGAACCUGACACUACACAGCCUGGCACCAGUCGUGAGGUCACUGACAGUCUGGUCGUCAUGAUGAGGACAUUCUUGCGCUACUUUUUCCCUCCUGAUUUCCGAAUCCCCAAGGAAGACGUGAAUACCAUGACUGCUGAAGAGCUGGUGGCAUUUCCGAUGAAAGAGUACUUCCAGCAGUAUGAGCUGGGCCUGCAGAGUCUGUGUAACUCCUACCAGAGCCGAGCUGACGCCCGAGCCCGUGCAGUAGAAGAGAAGAGCAACAGUGCAGAGGCUCGGCUACGCGAGUCAGAGGAAAAGCUUCAGAAGCUGCGUACCAACAUCGUGGCCCUACUGCAAAAAGUCCAAGAGGACAUUGAUAUCAACACAGAUGAUGAACUGGACGCCUACAUUGAGGACUUACUCACCAAAGGGGACUAACUUCAGUGUUUCUCCUACAUUGGCCCAGAGACUAACUUAACUGCAGUACACAUAACCAGCAUGGCUCUCACUCCAGCCCCACCAGCCUUGUUUCCAUUGGACCUUGUUCUUUGUUCUGGGCUACAGGGACUUGUCAGUCAACAGUGGGCUGGCACAAGGACAGCAAUGUGAUGGACUGCUUUGAAUAUAAACCUUCUGAUCUGUAUAAUCUCCAGUUAAACACCACCACAUUUCCUGUAUGCAGCUGUAAGGAGACAGAGUUUUUGGUUAAAAUUGGUUAAUCUUCACUUUCUAUGUACAAAUACAGUUAUCCAGGAGGUGUGCAAGCAGGGUUUGGUUGUGGACCAAAGUGACACAAACAAGACGUAAAAAUUCAAACCUGAACCUGAGAAUCUUUUAUGUCUACCCACUUUUACUCCACAGAUCACUUUCUCAGUGAGUGAGAAGUUUCAUAGAUAUCCUGGAACUGGGAAAAGUGUGGAAGAGCUUCAGAGGAGCACUACAGGGUUUUGAGUAACUUCAUUUUACAGCAUAUUUAUUUAUUUUUUUCACUCGUCAGGAUGCUCUUUGAUUUAAAUGGGAUACAUUGUUUCAUCUUGUGUAUUAUUUAGCCAGACUGAGAUUAGUGUAAUUUUAGAGCCAUUGUGUAUAGCUGGUAUGGUUUGGAAUGGCAAUUCGACUAAAAGCUCUGGAUAUCUUAAUUUGUCCAUCACCACAGUUAACCUCUGUGCAUUUUAGGCUAUUGCCAUGUGUAACGGAGGUGGCUUUCAUGGACAUAAAGGUUUGUCUGAAGAGAUAAAUGAAACUACUAUUUCAGGCAACUGUUGUGCAUUACACUAAGGUUGAGGAUAGGUGAAAAUCCGUUGUAUGUAAAAUCUGUUUCUAAUAGACGUGGGGGUUAGUUGGUUACAAAGGAUGACCUGCAUUUAAUCAUGCCUCUGUUGUGCUUAACAACACGAUUUGAUGGAUACACAUUCCACUGUAACUGUUCAAAUGUAUUGCAAUUUCAAUUUUCAUUUUUAUUUGCUGUUGAAUUUGUUACUAAUUGAAACGUAAUUGUAAUGUGGAUUAAAAUGAUGGUGGAAUUAUAAUGGACAACUACAGUUGACUGCAGGACUGUUCUCCAGGGAGGUCUGCUUUUGGUAUUCAGAAGAUCAGGAGGUAUGAGUGAUGGGAGUUCAAAGGGAAGUUGUCUUCCACUCACUUUUUUUUCUGUUCCUUGUAGCGAAUAUUGUCUAAAAUGGAGAAGGUAAUAAAUGGGAAAAAAGUAGUGUAUCAACCAAACAUUUGGGGGAAUUUCCACAAGCAUACCC